AUGAACUCGCAAAUCGGUGCCGUGGCUCGGGCCAUGUCCUCUGCCGCUCCCGCUUCUGAAAGCAAGCAGAGAAGAAACCCUCGCCCAGAGCACAAGCCCAUCCGGCCGCCCGGUCGCAAUCUGCCGCCUACCAUUGGCGUCACGCUCACCCGCGACUCGGAUCAGCCUUAUGGUCUCAUCUUGGCCACGUCUAGCUCCUCACAUGGUCUCUUUGUCGCCGGCGCCAAAUCCCAUAGCCCGGCUUCCCGAGCACCACGCCUGGAGCCUGGGCAAAGAAUCAUCACCGUCAACGGCGAAAAAGCCUUGCGCUGGAGCCGAGACGUGUUUCGUGCCAAGAUUCAACACCAGAAUGAGCUGCAUUUGGAGCUGGUUUUAGACCUGGCGGCCUUUAGCGAGAUUGACGGCGGCAUUGUUCAGCGCCGCUCCUACUUGCGCCUUUUGCAAAUUUGCGAACUGGCUCUGUUGCCCCCCGAUGCGGACGACCGGAUCAACGGCAUCGUCAAGCAUGCCAUGCCGACCCAUCUCUUGUCUUUUCCCGUCAACGAAGGUGUGUUGCCAGCUCUAGUUCAAAAUGGCACCUCGCCCUCGCCGGCGCCGUGCUCAUCGGCGUUCAUCUGCCUCCUUCGAACGGUUCCAAUAGGCAUCUCAGCGGCAGAACUUGAGGCCAUGGUGCAGGCUGGCAUGCGUACACAUCCCCGGCUGGGGCGACACGCGCUCCUGAAUCUGGAAACUACGCAGCUGUCCGUGUAUACAACGUGCACCCAGGAGGUGCUCCGCGUGGAACUAUUGGAUGUGACCAACGUCUUUGUGACGGGCAAGUUUCUGGUCGUGAUUGAACGUCGGCUGGCCCCGCCCAGCUCUGGGUUCUGGGCCAUCACAUCCCAUCGAUGCCAUGUCAUCAAGUGUAAGCAUCCCUCGAUAGCCAAGGGCUUUCUGGCCUACACCCGCGUUCAGAUGAACGACGUCUUUGGGGCCAUCCGUCAAAGUGCGGCCAUUCCUGGGGAUGGCAGCGAACGUUCAAAUGCCCCACCAGAGGCGGCAACGGAAGAUUUUGUACCAGGCCAGUAUGAAGAAGUUGAUAUUGGGCGUCCGCUACCGUAUGCUGAACGCUCCGGGCAGGGAACGAUGGGUGGGAUGCCUGGGCAGGGCUACGCGAGCGAAGACACCUAUCAACAACCCAAUGCUGUGGAUAUGUGCGAAGCUGAGACCUACGAUGAACCGCGAUCAACUCGAGGUGACGCGCGCACAAGCUGGCUGUUGCAAGCCGUCAUCAGCGGUGCGAGCGACGAUAGUGAUGAGGAGAACAGUGGGGGUGACGCGGGUAUAACACCCCUGCCCCAACCGAUGGAGGCUUCCUCGACAAACGGUCGCCGGUCUUAUCGCAAUAUCCACGACCAGGAGCUGCAGCUCAACAUGGAUGAUAUGCCCACCGAUGAGCGCCAGGCCCUGCAAAAUAAAAUGGCGGGAGAUCAAUACGAAGAGGUUCUGCCCGAGCCGCCGUCGACAUUCAAGGGCACGGUCCGGGUCAAAGCCGAUGCCCCCCGACCCUCUGUGGCCCUCGCUGGAGCAGCUGCCCAGACACAUGUGGCCACCGAAUACGAUGAUGUGUUGCCUGCACUGGUCCUGCCCACGGCGACACACCACUCGGCCCAGUCUUCGCAACCUCGCACCGAUCAAUACGACGACGUGUUGCCAGCCCUAGCCCCACCCUCGCCGAGCCGGGCGGAUGCCCGGCCUGUGAUACUGGAGGCCACGCCCUCACGCGGCUACUCGCACCUCCACUUCAACGAUCGACGGCCAACUGCUUUUCGUUCUGAGGAUUUAGAUGACAUGCGCAAGCGUGCCCUCAACCCGGUGCGCAAAGUUUCACGCUACAAUCACCUCGAACACCGCGCCAUGUGGCUCCACGGCACCAUUUCGCGACGGGAGGCCGAACAACGGCUUGUUGCAGCGGGCAUUCAGGAUGGCUUGUUCCUGCUGCGCGAAUCACAAACGCAACAAUCGGCCUGGGCGCUCAGCCUCGUCAUUGGCAAUCAGAUUAUUCAUCAUCUGCUCCGCAAGGGCUCGGAUCACGAGCGUCCCGAGCCGGACACCCCCUUCACCAUUGAUGGGACCCCCUUGCCCUUGGGUGUCAACAACUUACCCGUCACGUCCCUAGAGGAAAUCGUCCUACUCUUUCGCCAAGGCACCCACGGCCUGAUCCGUGUUCCUCUUCAAACAGCGUGCCCGCCACCCACCCGCGAUGCCGAAUGCUGA